AUGUCCAAAAAAACAGAGUAUAAAAGAAAGAACCCGAUGAAAUGGAAAAUAAAUAAGAGGGUCAAAAGUCAAGUGGAACCUCUCGUUAAUAAAAAUGAUGAAAUAAACUUUGAAAUAGCCUGUAAUGUUGGAUAUAAAUAG